AUGGUCUCCCUUGAUCCCCUGACUGGCUACUACUACAGCUACUACUACAGCUACUACUACAGCUACUACUACAGCUACUACUACUGCUACUACUACAGCUACUACUACUGCUACUACUACAGCUACUACUACAGCUACUACUACAGCUACUACUACAGCUACUACUACAGCUACUACUACUGCUACUACUGCUACUACUACUGCUACUACUACAGCUACUACUACUGCUACUACUACAGCUACUACUACAGCUACUACUACUGCUACUACUACAGCUACUACUACAGCUACUACUACUGCUACUACUGCUACUACUACAGCUACUACUACAGCUACUACUACUGCUACUACUACAGCUACUACUACUGCUACUACUACAGCUACUACUACUGCUACUACUACAGCUACUACUACUGCUACUACUACUGCUACUACUACAGCUACUACUACAGCUACUACUACAGCUACUACUACAGCUACUACUACUGCUACUACUACAGCUACUACUAUAGCUACUACUACAGCUACUACUACUGCUACUACUACAGCUACUACUACUGCUACUACUACAGCUACUACUACUGCUACUACUACAGCUACUACUACUGCUACUACUACAGCUACUACUACUGCUACUACUACAGCUACUACUACAGCUACUACUACUGCUACUACUACAGCUACUACUACUGCUACUACUACAGCUACUACUACUGCUACUACUACUGCUACUACUACAGCUACUAA